GCUGAAUUCUCAAACCCUAUCGAGCUGCAUUCAAAUCUCAGGACGUUUUUAGACAUUUUAACCAUAUUACAAUCAUUUAAAACAAGGUUUGGGAACUAUGUGAGAUACGAACAAAAUACAUGCAUUGUUAAAAAGCUUAAAUCAAAAAAUCAGGCGUAGUACGGUAGGUGUUCACGACAGUGGAGAGCAUUAGCAUUAUGAUGUGAGUUUAAAUCGCAAAAGACAUUAAAUACACAAAAUCCGGAGGGGAGACGAGAGAGAACAAAUACUACAAACGACAGGAUCAUAUCUGAACUGUCAUUAUACAAGAGAGGAACAAACAAGCAGGAGAAACUCCAGGUGUAACAAGUGAAAUAUAUGUAAUAUGUAUACUAUAGUAAAGACAGAGUUUGUUGAAGAGGAGAUUGAAGACAUGAGUGAUCCAGAACCAUGCAGAAUGAAACAUGAAGAGACUGAGGAAGAAAUAGACUUGACAGACAUAAAAGAAGAAAGUGAAGAGCUGAAUGAAGUGGAGGAGAAACAUCCAUAUCAGGAAACUUUCAUGACGUGUUCAGAGACCGAGGAGAACACCUCUCUGAACAAAACUCAAACAACCGAAGCCAAAAACUCCUUCACGUGCCCUCAGUGCGGAAAGAGCUUCACACGAAGAGACAGCCUUAAGGAACAUCUAAGAAUUCACACGGGAGAGAAACCUUUCAGCUGCCACCACUGCGAAAAAAGUUUCACGCGUAAAGAGAGCCUGAAGUAUCACUUGCGAAUUCACACCGGAGAGAAACCAUACAUGUGCCACCAGUGUGGAAAAAGUUUCACAUUUAAAAACAACCUCAAAGUUCACGUGAGAAUCCACUCCAGGGAGAAGCUGUUCAUCUGCCCUCAGUGCGGAAAGGGCUUAACGUGUAAAAAAGGCCUUAAGGAUCACAUUAGGGUGCACACUGGAGAGAAACCUUUCAAAUGCCAUCACUGCGGAAAGACGUUCAAGUGGGCGCACAGCCUCAAUAAUCAUUUGCACUCUCAUUCUGGGUUGAAGCCUUUUAACUGCGUUCAUUGUGGUGAAGGUUUUACUUCAUCAUCCAUUCUGAAAAACCACCUGAAGGUUCACACAAACGAGAGGCCGUAUGUGUGCUCCUUGUGCGGAAAGAGUUUUAUAUGGCCAGGCAAUUUUAAAGAGCACCAGAAAAGACACACCGGAGAGAGAGAUCAUGUGUGCUUUGAGUGCGGCAAGACUUUUACCACAGCGAAACGAUUGAAGGAGCACCAGAGAAUUCAUACGGGAGAAAAGCCAUACAAGUGCUCGCAUUGUGACAAGAGCUUCACUCAGUCUGGAUCGCUGAAAGUUCAUGAGCGAGUUCAUACUGGAGAGAAGCCGUACCACUGCCCAUCAUGUGGGAGGAGUUUCUCUCAAUUAACAAAUCUUGUCACGCAUAUUAAAAAGCAUUGCAAGAAAUCAUCAAAGUGAGAAGGUAUUUUCAUGUCCAAGUGGAUUACGUGGGAUGAACGACAGGUGUUUCUUCUAAGCCAGUUCUUACAGUGUAAAUAAGGUCAUUUUCAUUAGAGAUGCACCGAUUGCAAUUUUCUUGGCCGAUUCCGAUUUCCGAUUUUUUGUUAGUGAGAUCGGCUUGAAUAUAAUUGAAGUAUUGAGUAUAUAUAUAUAAAUAAAUAAAUAUAUAAUUGACAACAUACAAACAAAAAUCUACUUUUCUUCAAUGCAAAGUUUUAUUUUCAUUAAAAAAAACACACAAAAAAAACAAGUAAA